CACAUAUUGAGCAAUGAUAAUGUAGCGCUCACUGACGAGGAUUGGAGCCAGUUUGCUUGCCAUGUCGUCGAUGCUGCAAUGAAAGGGAACAGAGAGUUAGCUGUCGAUAUUGCGGUCAUCGCUAUUGGUCACGAAAGCUUUCAAUCAACGUUCGCGGAAAGAAUCAAGGAGAUGAUGUCGAAUUAUGUGCUAUCAGAAAGGAAAGCAGAGGAAGGGAUCGUUGAACUGAUUGCUCUCUUGCUCAUCACCAAAUGGCCUCGGGAACAUGCUCGAUGUGGUUUAGAAUCCAACGCAAUUCUGUUUUCGAUUAUUUCGUCAAUCAAAGGAUGGCUGAUGGCGGUCAUUGGCGAGACAGAUGAGGUGGAAGAGGUAGAGUCAAGCUGUGCAUGUGCGCUCUACGAAGUGUGCCGUUACGCACAGCGUAAGAUGUGGAUGAAUUGGCCGGAACUUGUAGACGAAUGCUAUGACGCUGCCGGAGACGCGCUGACUUCAAACAUUACCCUAAGCAAGGAGGCACGAAAAGCAUUGCUUGACGCUCUGAUAAUGAUCCAAGGAUGGACAAGUCGUAAUGCCAAGACGCUGGUAAAUGUCAGUACGCAGACGGAGGCACGAAAAGCAUUGCUUGACGCUCUGAUAAUGAUUCAAGGAUGGACAAGUCGUAAUGCCAAGACGCUGGUAAAUGUCAGCACGCAGACGUAUAAAACUCGAAUCUAA